AUGGAAAAGAUGUGGUCAUGUCUUCAGCUCCCACAAUAACCUCCUCCCCCCUGGAUCCAAACGCCCCCUUGUUCGUCCCAAUGUUCUUCCGUACUGUGGAGGAUUUCUCCGAUCAGUGGUGGCACCUCGUCCAUUCUUCCCCCUGCUUCCGCCACUACUGGCUCCGCGAGUGCUUUCAAGAUCCCCAAGCCCUGGAAGAUCCCCAUCAGAACGCUUUCUUUGACGAUCAACUUCUAUUUCAACUAUGCUCACAGAAUGCAUUAGAGGAGGAGGAGGAGGCGGCUGGGAAGUAUCAUAGGGAAUUGGUGACUAUGGGGGCGUUGAAAUGGCGACGAGAUUCGGGCUGGGCAGAACUACCGAGGUAUGCUCAGAAGGUUCCUAAGAUUGCCAAGGUCAGGAUGGUCAGUCCGCGGACCAUUCAGCAGCCGAGGUAGACUCUUCUUUCUCGGAGCCCUCGCUCUCAACCCCGUCUGUACAGUGACACUCUCAUCUCGGCCUUUCUUUUCUCCGCUUGAUGUAUUACCUGUAUUUAGCAUUAAAUAAAACGACAAGCUUGAUCUUGGCCGUCGUUAAGACUCUGAAUGAAGUCAAGUUCCUUUUUAUGUUGGUAAAAA